GUACACUACGGAUGUCAUGUCGGGCGAACGAUCCAUGCUCUGUGCAACUUCCAAGCCCUUCUCACCAAUGAAAUUUUACAGAUGAGGGAAUUGGCACUCCUGACAAAAACUUCACCGUGGAGUAUUUUAUUUUCCUGCAGCGCUAUGUGCACUGCAUCUAAUCCUGUGUAUUUUCUCAGGGAACGGCUCCUCAAGUCUGUAGCAGGCCUGGAAGAGUGGUUGAUGCAAGGUGGAGAUGAUGAGGUUGACCUCAUUGCAGAGUUAGCAAGUCUCACCAAAGGCACAUCUGGAGCAAGAGGUGACGACACCAAAAGUCUCAAGGGCAGUGUGCUUGACUGGAUCACCCCAAAGGGACACAGAAUACUGAUGAGCUUGCGAUGUCAGUAA